AUGGCCAACCUCGCCCGGCCUCCGAUGCGCUCGUCGACUGAGCGUCUCGUGCAGACCAGGCUCACCUUCGCGCCUGUCGCGCCUGACGACGCUGACCGCAGCAGCCCCCACAGCACCACCGUCUCGACGCGCCGUUCGAGCAAAAGUGGCCCGCUGCUCGUCCUCGGCGACGAUGAGAAGUCGGUCAAGCAGAUAGAAGCGUCGCCCGCGCGCCCACUACGCCCACCACGCCCACCACGCCCACCACGCCCACCGCCGCCCCGCGCCGCCUCGAGGAAGCGGCCCUCUGCAGCGCUGGAUGACGCGCCCGAGGCCAGGCCGCCGACCAAAGUGCUCGUCCAGCAGCCACACGGCGAAUUGGCGCGCAUAACCAAUGGCGUGCACACGCUGCUGGGCCUCGAUGCCGACGACGUGCCCUCUGGACGCUCUACGCCGCGGCCAGCCAGCGCAGGCAAGCUUGCCGUGCCGGCGCCGGCAGCAGACCCCAAGUCCAAGGACAGGAGGAGCCUGAGGAGCUCAGACGGCGGCUCGCGCCUGAAGAGCGACCUGGCUGUCUACUUCUCGACCUACGACGACAUCAUUGCAGGCCUGCCCAAGCCGUCUGAGUACCUCGACGUCGACACCCCCAUAUACAUAGUCGACGAGCCCUCCAAGUCCAAAACCCCCGUACCUGCCUCGCCUCAGCCUUGUCGCAAAUCCCUCACUCCAACACGACCACGAAAACAAAGCGCUCCCACGCCUGCACGCGACACCUCCCACCCCUCGCUGCCACCUGCACAGUCCUCCACCACCUUCCAAGUACUAGACUACAGCACCAUAGCCAGGCACAUUCGAGGUGAUGGCGAGGAUGACCCGCUGGCUGACGCUCACUUCUUCGCGCAACACCGCCGCGCCGAACGGAAAGAGAAGCAGCUGCGCAACAUCGAAAAGGAGCGCGCCAUGCACGAGAAGCAGCAGCUGGAGCGACUCCUCGACGGCCUGCAAGGGCCUGACUGGUUGAGGGUCAUGGGCAUAACAGGCGUCACGGCGGGUGAGACGAGAGACUGGGAGCCGAAACGAGACUACUUCAUCAAGGAGGUAGAAGCCCUUGUCGACAAGUUCCGUGUCUGGAAGCAGGAGGAGAAGCGCAUAAGAGCCGAGAAGGAAGCUGCGCUUGCUGCUCGAACAGAAGACGAGGAUGACGACGGCGAAGAGUCAGAAGCCUCAGACGUCUCCAAGGCGAACGGCCGGACACACCAUGCGAACGCCCCACAGCCGAAAGAGCCAGAGCCCCCUAAACCCAAACGUUCACCACGACCACCACGACCACAUGGUUUUCUCUUACCUUUUGCACCACCCGAACCCACAACACCGUUCGUGUCCUUUUAUUCAAAACCACAUCUCAGAGCAGCAGCCAUGGGCAAGCACCGCCACGGCCGCAACGCCACAGCCUUCGGGCAGCCCAUACCAGAUUUCGAGGAACACGACUUCGAGCUGCCGGACGACUACAUAGAUCCGCAUUUCUUGCGUGACAACGCACGGCAACGGAGGAGAAGACAGCGAGAAAGACAGAGUGGCGGGAAUAAUACACAGCCGAUGUAG